AUGAAUCUAGUACGCGAGAGGACCGCAAUACCGGUGCCGAAGAUUUACAAUUGUUACCUGGUCGAGGACACGCAAAAGUGGUGCAUCUUGAUGGAGUACGCAGAAGGUGAUGUACUCCAAGACGUCUGGGAAGAUAUACCAAACGAAUGGAAACAGUCAAUCAUAUCGCAAUUGAAAGGCUACAUGGAAGAGCUGCGGAAUAUCAAGGGCGACUUCAUCGGGGCCGUAGACGGGACUCAGUGCGAGGACCAAUUCUUUCACCAACAAGACGAUGAGUAUGGUCCAUUUGAUACCGAAGCAGCGUUCCAUGACGCUCUGGCAGAUGUGCUCAGAGCGUCCGAUCAGAACGCGUUCGUCGAGAUGGUAGUAGGUUUCAUCAAAUCUAUGCCGCCGCACAACAUUGUCCUUACACACUCCGAUUUUGCCCCUCGCAACAUUAUUGUGCAGGACGACAAAGUCGUCGCUAUUUUGGAUUGGGAGUUGACUGGAUAUUAUCCUGCCUACUGGGAAUACGUCAAAGCUUAUUACCGCCCGAACUGGUCAAGCGAUUGGAUCAAAGAUCGCGUGCUGGACGAUAUCCUGGAGCCUUAUCCUCUUGAGCACGCUGUAAUGCUUCACACCAGAGAUAUCAUUUGGUAA